UUUUGGAAGUUAACUUGGUAUAAGAGGAUGAAAAGCCGCUGUUGUUCUAGUUCUAAGGAAAUGCUUUCCUUUUUUUCUAAUAAAGCUUUCCACAGAAGACAAUCACUGUGCACAAUAAACAAGACAUCAGAUAAAACUAUUAGAUAAAAUGACGUCUUGUCACGUUUUUGAAGAUCCUAUAAAAAAGGUUGCUAUCUUUGGAGGAACUCAUGGGAAUGAGCUAACAGGAGUAUAUUUAGUUAAGCACUGGCUGGAGAAUGGCGCUGAAAUUCAGAGAACAGGGAUAGAGGUGAAACCAUUUAUCACCAACCCAAGAGCAGUGAAGAAGUGUACCAGAUAUAUUGACUGUGACCUGAAUCGAGUUUUUGACCCUGAAAAUCUUAGCAAAAAAAUGUCAGAGGAUUUGCCAUAUGAAGUGAGAAGGGCUCAAGAAAUAAAUCACUUAUUUGGCCCAAAAGAUAGUGAAGAUUCCUAUGACAUUAUUUUUGACCUUCACAACACUACUUCUAAUAUGGGGUGUACUCUUAUUCUUGAAGAUUCCAGGAAUGACUUUUUAAUUCAGAUGUUUCAUUAUAUUCAGACUUCUUUAGCUCCAUUCCCCUGCUAUGUUUAUCUCAUUGAGCAUCCUUCACUCAAAUAUGCAACCACUCGUUCUAUAGCCAAGUAUCCUGUCGGUAUAGAAGUUGGUCCCCAGCCUCAAGGGAUUCUGAGAGCUGAUAUUUUGAAUCAAAUGAGAAAAAUAAUUAAACAUGCUCUUGAUUUUAUACAUAAUUUCAAUAAAGGAAAAGAAUUUCCUCCUUGUACUAUUGAAGUCUAUAAAAUAAUGGAAAAAGUUGAUUAUCCCAGGAAUGAAAGUGGAGAAAUUACUGCUAUUAUCCACCCGAAUCUGCAGGAUCAAGACUGGAAACCAUUGCGCCCUGGGGAUCCUGUGUUUGUAACUCUUGAUGGAGAGGUCAUUCCAUUGGGCGGAGACUGUACCGUGUACCCCGUAUUUGUAAAUGAGGCCGCAUAUUAUGAAAAGAAAGAAGCUUUCGCAAAGACGACUAAACUAACACUCACUGCAAAAAGUCUUCGCUCCUCUUUACAUUAGAAAGCACUUCUAGUUCACUUGUUACACAGUGUCUUGAAAAACUACUAGCUUGUAAGCCCCCAAAGGGCAGGACUGUGCCUUAUUCAUCUUUGUUCAUAUCCAUAGUACCUGGUGCCUUGCACAUAGUAGGCAUAGUGCUUUGCACAUAGUAAGCAUUCAGGCAUUUUUUUUAAUGAAUUAAUAAAUUAAUGAGUAUAUUUCAAAGGUAUCAUAAUGUGUAUAUAGCUUAUUCAAAGAAGUGCAUUUCUUACUUCUGGAUAGCUUUUGAUACAUUAUACUUUGAUAGUUUAACAUUCUUAAUAAGUAGUCUUUCAAUUCAAAUUUUAGAAUUGAACUAGAUACUAUAUACAAAAAGUUCUAAACUUGAGCAUAGAAUUAAAUGUAUGUUUUCAAGUAAUGCAUAAUGCUACUAGAAACCAAUGGCGCAGACUGGCGAUUUAAAAUUUUUUCUUAUUUGACUAAAUGAUAAUGUAUUAAGUAUCCAGCCUAUAAACUUUAGCAAGAGUUAUGAUAGCCGUAGGAGAUUUUUAAAUGCUCUUUUAAGGAUGAAAUGUGAACGAGAAAUGAGGGCCAAUUGUAAAAGUGACAUUGUGAAUAAAUCAAAACCUCUGAAUGGUCCUUUGUCCACAACAGACACUAACCCACACAAAGCAUCGCUGCUGCUCUGGCAUGUCCACUUGUUCUGCGCUGACCUCAGAGAUCUGAGAGCCUCCUUCAGACGUUUCGUGUGCCCCUUGAGAAGCUAACAUUCCUUCCCAACUUGGGAAAGUUGGAAGGGGCGUAUUCCUCACCGCUGUCACUUCUCCUUUUGAAAGAACACACUUGUCCUCAUUCCCAACCAACAUGUGAGAAAGCCCUUGGGCUCCCACAGAAUAGGUGGUGAGGACAGAAGUAGCAGACAGCAGUGGACGACACUAGUGGAAAUGUGACCCAGACCCAUGUCUCUGGUUCGCAAAUGCAUCCUUUCAAGAAAUUGUCCAUGUCCUAAAAGCCCACAUCCCUCACCUCCCAUGAUUCUUCUCCUUAAAGGUCCUUGGGCUGAAAUGCUGCCUCCCUCCCCCUCUAGCCCCUACAUGGGCCUCCCCUCUGCCCUCCCUUAAGUCAUGCAGUCAAGUAAAGAACAUUUUUAUCCCAUGAUUUGGACCCCAAGGAACCCAUGUUUAUGGUUUUAAAUGUCUUUACCAAAAUCAUAAUAACAUCAUC